GAGCUGUCACACUGACACAAAUCCUUAUCAUCCUGUUGAACGAGGCUGUUUUUAAGUUUGUCAGGACAAUGUCUGUUUGGGGCAACAGUAAGACUUCCAGCUUUUUACGUCAAGACCAAACAGAGUCAUAUUAAUCUGGAUUGUUCAAAUAUUUUCCUGUGACUGCCAUGCACUGUGUUUUCUCAGACGCAGCUUGCACCUUGGUCUUUUCUGGGCUGUUAACAACCAGAAAUGUUUAUUCUCCCCAGUGUCUCACCUAUGCAAAUGUUCCACAGGAAAGUAUGUGAGUACAGUAGAAUGUAAAUAUUGAAUCCGCUUUGAGACACCGAUCAUUAACUUGUAGAACAAACACUGACACUUGCCUAACAUGCAGAUAUAUUUAGGAAACACAAUAUUUGCUGCCUGUCUUCUUUUCUUCCUUCCUUCUUUUCCUGUCACGUUGCUCCCCCUCUCCUCUCCUCUCCUCUUUCUUGAAAGCAUCGUGAACGCGCUCUGAAGGCUGCUAUUAAAUGGGCGGACCUGGUAGGCGCGGUCACGUCCACGGCGGCUCGGGUGGUUUUGACUGUCACAUAAAGGUGCACGUCCCAUCGGCCGACCGCCGAAACUCUGUCUCUGCUCUCCGUGAGACCGGAUCGGACCGACACCGGGGAUCGGAACCAGCGCCAUUUACACCGCGCCUGGUGGUAAUAAGGAAAACACAUGAGAGCAGCGUACAUCCACUGCUGACACCACCUACAGUCAAAGGCGAGGGGGAGCCCGUCAGGUCCAGGCGCACAGAGAUCAUGGCCUCCCAGUCAACUCACAUCCCUUCCGACAAGCGCUUCAUCAUCUUCUUUGACUUUGAUGAGACCAUCGUGGAUGAAACCAGCGACGACAUGGUAGUGCAGGCCGCCCCGGGGCAUCACCUCCCGGGCUGGCUGAAGGACACCUACCAUCCCGGCCGCUACAACGAGUACAUGCAGCGCGUGCUGGCCUACCUGGCGGAGCAGGGCGUCACUGAGAGUGACAUGCGCACCAUCAUGGAGAAGUUACCGACCACCCCCGGCAUGCUCACCCUCUUCCAGUUCCUUCGCGCCCGGCCCCCACAGGACUUUGAGGUGGUGUUGGUGUCCGACGCCAACACCUUCUUCAUCGAGUCCUGGCUCCGGCGCACCGGGGCCCGCCAGCUCUUCCACCGGAUCUUCACCAACCCGGCCACCUUCAACAAGGACGGCCGUCUGGUGAUGCGGCCCUUCCAUUCCCACGACUGCCCGCGGUGUCCCGACAACAUGUGCAAGCAAGUGGUCAUCAGGGACUAUGUGGCCCGCAGGACGCAGGAAAGGGGCCGUCCGUACCAGAGGAUCUUCUACGUGGGGGACGGAGCCAACGACUUCUGCCCAGCACUCGCUCUCGGACCCCGGGACGUGGCUUUCCCACGGCGAGAUUUCCCCAUGCACCGGUUGAUCACGGAGACCCAUGAAGCCAUGCCAGGGGAAUUCAAGGCGGUCACGGUCCCUUGGGUUAGCGGGGAGGAUGUGGUGCAGAGGCUGAGGAAGCUGGUGGCAGAGUAAAGAGGCAGAGGCAGAGAUUAAAGGGCCAGUUGGCAUUUUUAGUCACAUUCUCAGGUAAAACAGUCCCAGAAACUAAUGUCCAAGGCAAUAAAAUCAUUUGUACUGUCAGUGAAAAUAAAUAGUGUGUGUCUGGCGUCCAGCCUGCACGUGUCUUAGUCCAGCUUCUCACCUUUUGUCCCAGAGGUCACUCUCAAACCAUGCAGAGGCCCAGGCUCAGCAGGUUACUGAUUAUGGAGACCUGCCCAAAGAAAGAAAAUCAGUGACAAAUUCAAUGAUUUAUUUUAGGAAGUUUCAGGGAAUUAACAUAAUAAAUAUCCUUCAAUAAGAUUUGUUGCUUUUCAGUGUUAAACUGUGUCAGUAGGAAAAUCUGUGUGAAAUCUGUGAAAGUUUAUUUGAAAUAUUUAAAAAAAAAUAUUAUGGACAUCUAUGUCAACCAAGUUACUUUCAAUUAAUAAUUAUGAGUGUGUUUUUCUCACAAACUGCACUUUUUUGAAUAUUAAAUAUUAAAUUAUAGUCUAAGUGGAUCAAAAAAAAAUAAAAAUAACACUGCCAUCUGAUGGCAAUGACUAUUCCAACACAUUUUUAUGAUCAACAAGCUCCUCAGAGAAUAUACAGUAUGUCUAAUUUCACAAAUGUAUGACAAUGUUGUAAAAGUGUUUUGUUUGUUUGUUUGACUUGUGUAUCAGUCUGUUGUGGGUUUACUGUGUAGGCCAGGCCUACUGUAUUAACACCAGCAGGAAUAAAGCCAUCAACUGAAA